ACUGACAUGUGACGGUACAGCAUGGAAGAUUGUGAUUUCAACCAAUACCGCGAUAUGAUCAUCGAAGGCGACUUACCUCUGGACUUGCGACCGCCGCCGAGGUUAUACCUACCGCAUUACCUUCGCGACGAUAACUCGGAGUAUCCUCAAGACGACACGUAUGUUUCUGUCGAUGAAGACACACCAGAAGUACCGCCGCCGUCCAGUGAUUCCGACAGAUACGAGGCCUCCAGUCCAAUCGACAACAAAUCUAGUUCACCAAAGAAGCCAAAAAUCAAGUCGUCAUCACAACUCAUUAAGCCGCCUUACUCUUACAUCGCUCUUAUCACAAUGGCCAUCCUCCAAUCACCGCAUAAGAAGCUGACGCUCAGUGGUAUAUGUGAAUUCAUCAUGACGAGAUUCCCUUACUAUAGAGAGAAGUUCCCAGCCUGGCAGAAUUCGAUCAGGCACAAUUUGAGUCUGAACGAUUGUUUUAUAAAGAUUCCCAGGGAGCCCGGUAAUCCAGGGAAAGGCAACUAUUGGACUUUAGAUCCUUUGGCCGAAGACAUGUUUGAUAAUGGGAGUUUUUUGAGGCGUCGGAAGAGGUACAAAAGACCGGCGCCGUCGUUGCAGCACGCGCAUGCUGUAGUUGCAAUGCUGGCGAGGGAGGCUUACGCUCCACUUCUUCCUCUACCGUGUUACCUUCCUCCGGCUCCUAUUUUAACGCUUCCUCGGCCUCCGCCAGCUACUUUACGUCCAGUACCGUUGCCUCCGAGAGUGGCCGAAAUGACGGAGCCUCGAAGCAAAAGAUCAAGAAACGGAUUCUCAAUCGAGUCCAUAAUAGGGCCUCAGGAUCCAUCUGCGGUGGAGCCAAGGAGAAGUGCAUUCUCGCCGCUCCAUCAGGGAACAGGCCCGCCGGAUGAUUGGGCGAGGUGAAUGUAUCUGAACGGGUGUACGUCAAGUCCAUCCCCGUUCUAAUAUAUGCCGACGGACCACGAAGCCUCGCCAAAUUUUUCAUCAGACUGACUUGUGACGCAAUUGUUAAGAACUGAAGGUGUUUUAGUGAACAUUGUACGAUAUUGUAAAAAUAAUAUGCACAAAGUACGACGGGUACAGUAAAGCUUCAGCCAAAUAUUGAAUAGUGAUAGGAUUAAAUUGACCAAAGUAUUGUAAAGUUACCAAACAGUUUCUAUAUGCUUUUCGGAUCCGAAAAGUAAGUAAUUCUUUUGUAAUUUAUGUCAUAUUAAUAUGCACGUUUUCAAUAUAUUAUUGUGUUCAUUAAAUAAUUAUCGCAUUCCUAUUUUAAAUGACUUUAAUUAAAUACAUAUUGUUAAAUAAGGUGUUACGUCCGUAAAUUAGUUGUAAGUUCUAAACGUGCCAAAAAUGUUGUUUUGCUACUUUUUAGA